ACGGGGGCUGGCCCGGGCGAGCGCGAGGGCCCGAGCGGGGCGGCCCGCCGGCCGGGCUGCGCGGCCCGCUGUCGCGUGCUCGGGUGCCGUGGCCGCCUCCACCUCGGAGGAGCGCUUGGGCUGGCCGGGAGGGCCCCGGGAGACCGCUAAAAAUGUGUACUUCAGCAAAGAGCGACACUACGUUGGACGCAUAGUGGGUUCCAGUUCAUUCUCUCCUCCAACAGUUUUGGGUUUCACUUAACAUCUGGAAGGCAUUUUUUACCAUCUGUGAAAACUUCCCUAUAAUUCAUUUUUCCUCACUCCAGUAUUAAGAAUUAUACCAAAUUGAAAAAAUAUGAAUGAAUAUCCUAAAAAAAGAAAAAGGAAGACUUUACACCCUUCUCGUUAUUCAGAUUCCUCUGGAAUAAGCAGAAUUGCAGAUGGAUUCAGUGGAAUUUUUUCUGACCAUUGUUACAGUGUUUGUUCUAUGAGACAACCAGAUUUAAAGUAUUUUGACAACAAAGAUGAUGAUUCUGAUACAGAAACAUCAAAUGACUUGCCAAAAUUUACGGAUGGAAUCAAGGCCCGAAACAGAAAUCAGAACUACCUGGUUCCCAGUCCUGUGCUUAGAAUCCUAGAGCACUCUGCAUUUUCUACAGAAAAAUCUGCUGAUAUUGAAAUUUGUGAUGAAGAGUGUGAUUCACUUGAAUCAGUCAACCAGCAAACUCAGGAGGAGAGUCCUAUAGAAGUCCACACUGCUGAAGAUGUUCCAAUUGCUGUAGAAGUGCAUGUCAUUUCUGAAGAUUAUGAUAUAGAGACAGAAAACAAUUCUUCUGAGAGUCUCCAAGACCAAAUUGAUGAGAAUCCACCAGCUAAACUUUGCAAAAUUCUUGACAAGAACCAAGCUUUGAAUGUGACUGCCCAGCAGAAAUGGCCUUUACUGAGAGCUAAUAGCAGUGGCCUCUAUAAAUGUGAACUCUGUGAGUUCAACAGCAAGUAUUUUUCUGAUUUAAAGCAGCAUAUGAUCCUGAAGCAUAAGCGAACUGAUUCAAAUGUGUGUCGAGUAUGCAAGGAAACUUUCUCUACCAACAUGCUUCUAAUCGAACAUGCCAAAUUGCAUGAAGAGGAUCCCUACAUUUGUAAAUACUGCGAUUAUAAGACAGUAAUUUUUGAGAAUCUCAGCCAGCACAUUGCAGACACUCAUUUUAGUGAUCACCUUUGUUGGUGUGAACAGUGUGAUGUACAGUUCUCCUCAAGCAGUGAACUCUACCUACAUUUCUAGGAACACAGCUGUGAUGAACAGUACUUGUGUCAGUUCUGUGAACAUGAAACAAAUGAUCCAGAAGACUUGCAUAGCCAUGUGGUAAAUGAACAUGCAUGUAAAUUAAUAGAAUUAAGUGAUAAGUAUAACAAUGGAGAACAUGGACAGUACAGUCUCUUAAGCAAAAUUACGUUUGACAAGUGUAAAAAUUUCUUUGUAUGUCAAGUAUGUGGUUUUCGGAGUAGACUUCAUACAAAUGUUAACAGGCAUGUUGCUAUUGAACAUACUAAGAUUUUUCCUCAUGUUUGUGAUGACUGUUGCAAAGGUUUUUCAAGUAUGCUAGAAUAUUGCAAACAUUUAAAUUCACAUUUAUCUGAAGGGAUUUACUUAUGCCAGUACUGUGAAUAUUCAACAGGACAGAUUGAAGAUCUUAAAAUUCAUCUAGAUUUCAAACAUUCAGCUGACUUACCUCAUAAAUGCAAUGACUGCUUGAUGAGGUUUGGAAAUGAAAGGGAAUUAAUAAGUCAUCUUCCAGUCCAUGAGACAACUUGAUUAUUCUCUUUAAAUGACAUAAUGUAAAGUAAUAAAUUUAACUUUUUUUGG